AUGGCUCGUGCCGCUGGAAAGCGAGCCAAAAAAUCCGCAGAUCCCUCUACAACCCACACAAAGCCACCUGCGAGCCCAGCCUCCGCGCCUCCCACACCCUUCCAAUACGCCCCAGCUUCACUCAGACCCUUCCUUUCCACCCUUCCCACGGACCACAUCUACCUAGUUCACCUAGAUCAUACUCCCCCUAGCCUCAAAAAACGAGUAUUUGCAGUCCCCGUCCUCCUCAACCUGCUCAUUACAAUUGGACUCUGUGUCCGCCUCUACUAUGCCGUGCCAAUCUACCUUGAACAAAUCAUUACAAUAUUCGGAUAUGACACUGCGUAUAAAAUUGACACGGCGACUGCGGGAGUGGGAGAACUCAUAAAUGCUGUCACUUCACGCACAUUCCUGCUGAUGAUUGACUAUGCCAUCUUCGGCUUGAUUGGGAGCUGGCCCAAGGAAUUUGUCUUUGGCAGCAGGCUAUUGAGGUCUGUGGGCCCGUGGGAAUGGAGGAGGACAAUAGGUUUCAGGGACACGGAAAUUAUUGUUCGGAGAGGCAGAAAAUGGGAUACACCGUUACUGGUUGGGGACAAUCCAGAUGUGGCAAAGACCUGGAAUUUGGAUGAAGAAUUGACCAUCAAAGUCAAAGUCGAUCCCGCCAUGCAGACCACAUCUCUUGCAAAGACUGGUUAUCUACUCCUGGACAAGGACUGGGAUCUCGAUUUCAAGGCGAUGCUGGAUGCACAUAGGCUGGUGGAGAAAGGCGCGAUCCAACUCAAAGACCUGGAGAAUCUCGCUCUGGUGUACUAUGAGAAGCAAUGGUUGGUCUGGAAGGUCCAUGAAGCGCCAGAAAUCACCGCCCAUGAACAACAGCAGGACAGCACUGUGGAAAGGUUCCGACGCAUUCUUACGGAACUCGGCGCUGAAGCAGUUUUCUUCCGUUGGAUCGAGAUUGUGCAGUUUGAAACCUCGCAACCUGGAGGGUUUACGGAAGGACGACAGGCUGAAGCAAUUCGCGAACUGAGGACUCGCUUGGAGAAGAAAGGAGUGGAUUACGCCAAAUUCUGGGAGGACAUAGAUGGACAGGCUGGUCUUCCUGGGUUUGACGUACGAAAUCAAUAA